AUGUCGUUCUUUUUCAGUUUGAGGCGGAGGCGGAAGGGGAAGGGGGAGCGGGAUAUACACGGCGCGUCCGCGUCCGCGUCUGAGUGUGGGAUCUCCUGCACCGCGAAAGACGCAAAUUCGGACAAGAAUAAGACAGCGAAUUCUAGUAGGGCACCACGGAAAUUGCGCAAGAAGAACCGGAAUAACACCCAUAGCCGUACCCAUAGUAACACCCAUACCCACACUGGUAAUAAGCGCGGGCGGAGUGCGUUGCCUUCGUCUUUGUAUGUGUUGACGGAGUUGGAGUUGGAGUUGGAGUUGGAGAAAGAGGACGUCGCGUUGGAGUUGGAGUUGGAAAAGGGUGAGGAGAUGGAGGUGGGGGUCGACGCGGUGCAGUAUCAAUACCAGGACCAGGACCAGGAUCAACACCAGCACCAGUACCAUUACCCUGAGUUGUUGUUACAUGCUUCUGCUUCUGCAUCUGCGUCUGCGUCUGCGUCUGCGUCCGUGCCUUCCCCUACGCCUGAAACUGCGCCUGCGGCGCGGGAGAAGGAGCCGGGGGAUGAGGAGAGGAGGGGGUAUAAGCGCAAUCUGAAUCGGUAUCAGCGCCGUCAUUGUCGCGGGCAUGGUCAGGAGCAGCAGCAGGAGGAGAAAGGACAGAAGCGGGAGAAGCAGAAGAAGAAGAGGUUGUAUCACCACUCGAACGCGAACUUGCACGAAUAUGCCAGUGGGCACGCGCACGCGCGGCUGUAUACGGAGUCUCCUCAGCACCAGCACCAGUAUCAGUAUCAGUUUCAGUUUCAGUACGAGCGUUCAGGGCAGCAUUAUUCAGAAUACCAGCAUCGCCAUCCGAGUCAGCAUUCAGAGCACCAGCAUCAGGGUCAGGGUCAGCAUUCAGAGCAGCAGCAGCACCAUCCGAUGCAGCAUUCAGAACACCAGCAUCAGCACCAGCAGCACUCGGAGCAGCACGUACCCCGCGCGCUCGAAGCUAGCGCAUCAGCGCCAGCGAGUGUCGACUGUGUGGAUAGUGUGGACGCGCUAUUGCGGGGUGUGACGUACGAUGCGAUUUUAGCGUCUACGCUGCGCGGGUCUGUUAGUCUGGAUUUGGAUUUAGGUCUGGAUUUGGGUUUAAGUCUGGAUGAGAAGGGGCAUGGGCAAGGGAGGGGGAGGGGGUUUUUUGUGUAUGAUGGUGAGCGUGAGGGCGAGGGCGAAGGUGAAUGUGAGGGCGAGGGCGAGGGUGGGGGCGAGGGCGAGUGUGAGGGUGAGGGUGAGGAACAGGGACAAGGACGAGGACGAGGGAAGGCGAAGGGGAGGGGGAGAGGGGGAAGGUGGGUGUGGGAUCGGGAGGCGUGGUAUGUGGGUGGUGGUGACAAGGAAGAGGAGAAGGAGGAGGAGGAGGAGGAGGAGCCGGUGCCGCUGUUGCGUGUGCCGCCGAAUAGCCCUGUGGGAACGGUGUUGCGCAGGGCGGCUAGAAGGAGUGAGAGGAGGAGGAAUGAGAGGAGGAGUGUGAGUGAGAGGAGGAGGAGUGUGAAUGAGAGAAGGAGGAGUCCGGGUGGUGGCGAUGAUGGGUUUGGAUCGUUGGUUGGUGCUGCGAAGGCUAUUAUGGAGGAUCGUGUUAGGGUUGAGUUUGAUUAUGUGUUUUGA